CACGGCACCGUCAGUCAGCCGUCUAGUUCGGUGGAAUGCGGUUGUGUCUUUACAUCUUCUGGGAGUACGUGAAUGUGUGUUGAUCAUCGUAAACCCUCUCCCCCAUACCCAAAUAAUCUCCAAGUCAAAACAAACCUUCAACCCUCUGAUCUGCCCUACAAUCAACAAUUAAAAAAUCCAACUGAUAAAAAGAAACCCUGAAGGACCAGGAGGAGGCCGAGGUGCGCGCCAGUGCCCUGAACACACACCACUGAAUACCCUGAUUUUCCAAGAAAACAAAGACGUGUGAUUGCAAACGCUGUCAAUAAUGUUUCCCCCAUUGACAAUGAAAAAUAUCCCCUGGAUAAUCAAGAAUUAACAAAUGAUGAGGUACUUGUAUUGCUGGACAAAAGGCAGAUAGAAAGUCUUCGGUGAAGAGGUAAACCAGUGGGCAAGAUGGCGGAGUCGAGCUAUUAUCAGAAUGACUAUUCGAGGCAACCAGUUCUUGCUGAACUGUCCCACAAGUACGGAGUCUCGGUUAAUGAUCAGCCACUACCGGCCAGACUAGAUGAGCUGCGUGAGCAUAUUAGGAGGGAAAUCCGUAAAGAAUUGAAAAUUAAGGCUGGAGCUGAAAAACUGAGAGAAGUUGCCACUGACAGAAAAGCACUGUCCGAUGUCGCGAUGAUUGUCAAGAAGGCGAACAGUAAAUUGAAUGAGUUGCAGGCAGAAUUGCAGCAACUCGAGAGCCAAAUAAUCCUGACCCAGGGCCAGCCCCAGUCCCCCCAGCGAGAUUAUUCAAAUGGCCAAGAUACACCAUUAUCGCCAAUGGACUCGUCAUCGCCGAGUCAGGAGGGCCUUAUCACUGAUUUGCGAAUUAUGACUCUGGAGAAGCAGUUGAAUAUCGAGCUGAAGGUGAAACAGGGCGCUGAGAAUAUGAUACAGAGCUUGACUAGUGGCCACAGGGACAAAAAACUUCUCCAAGAGGCGCAGCAAAUGCUGGACGAUUCACGGGCUAAGAUUGAAUUUUUGAGGAUGAGAAUAAUGAAGGUGAGACAGGCGAGACAGCAACAACAUGCCCGAGCUGAUGCACCACUUUCCAAUGGCGAGUCUACGACAAGUAAAGAUAAAUAUGAACCGAGUUUGGAAUUGGCCCUUGAGGAGAGAGUCGAGGAGCUUCGGCAUCGGUUGCGAAUCGAAGCUGCUGUGGUCGAGGGUGCAAAGAAUGUCAUACGUCUGCUGCAAUCUGCCAAAGUUGCGGAUAAAAAAGCUCUCACUGAGGCGCAGGCUAGUUUAUCAGAGUCAAGUCGAAAGUUGGAUUUACUGAGAAUGUCUCUGGAUAUGAGGAGACAGGAGUUGCCAGCGGACAGUGCCACUGCGGCACAAUUAAAGAGAGAAUUGGCGAGUGUGCAGUCAGCGAGUCCUGUACCAGUUACGUACACUUCGUUGCAGCCCUUCAGAGGGCCACUUGAGGGUAGAGCAACUGUUCCAAUUUCAGUGUCGAGAUGUGCAGCUGUGACUGGACAGCUGGAGGUGAGAUUGAUGGGGUGCCAGGAUCUCGCUGAGGAGGUACCUGGAAGAACGAGGAGGGAGCAUCAUCCAGCGAGUCCAGAUUUACGGAGUUUUGUUAAAGGAGUUACUGGCCGCAGCUCGAGUAAAUCUUACAGCGUCAAGGAUGAAACUAGCAAUGACAUAAUGGCGGUCAUAAAGCUGGACAAUCAGACUGUUGCACAGACGAGUUGGAGACCGUGCUCACAACAAGCCUGGGACCAGAGAUUCUCAAUUGAGCUAGAUAAAUCCAGGGAAUUGGAGAUUGGUAUUUACUGGAAGGACUGGAGAUCUCUCUGCGCUGUCAAGUUUCUCCGGCUGGAGGAGUUCAUCGACGAUGUGAGACAUGGUAUGGCUCUGCAACUGGAGCCUCAGGGCCUACUCUUCGCUGAAAUUCGAUUUUUAAAUCCCAUGAUCUCGAGGAAGCCCAAACUUCAGAGACAGAGAAAGAUAUUCAAGCAGCAGGCAAAAAAUUUCCCCCGAGCGAAUCAGAUGAACAUAAAUGUCGCCACCUGGGGCAGAUUGCUAAAAAGAUCUGCACCCUCUCUGCAUAGCAAUAGAAAUUCAGAAAGUCCACCUUCUGGAGCUCAACCCAUGCAGCUUGUCUUCGAUUCCUCUCUGGAGGAUAAGCCUGAAACACCUGGAGAAGUCCCUGACCCGGAAAAGGGAGGACUCAGCGGUGCCAGGCCACUGGGAAUGUCGGCCUCAAGUGCUAGUUUAACUUCACAAAGCCAUCCUCCACCACCUCCUAGUGCUCCACCCCCACCACCGCCCAUUGCUUCCAUCUCCAAGAAGGCAUCUGUGAUCUCUGUACCACCACCACCUCCACCGAAACUCGAUCAAGAGUUGCAGAGUGCACUUAAGGAGUUUGAUUUCCUGCACAACGAGGAUAAGGCGGGGGCGAGCUUGAGGCCCCUCGUGACAGAGCCCCGUCCAGUGCUGAUAGCACCACCCUCACCACGCACCCCCUCGCCCCAACCUGUCGUCGAGUUCCCUGAGGAUGAGGUGGUGUAUGAGAUACCCACGAGGCCUCUCCAAUAUAGGGACAGUGCCUAUGAGUCCAGGAGACACUCGCAGAUGACUGGAAUGGCUCUUGAAAACUUUAGGCUGCUUUCUGUACUCGGUCGUGGACACUUUGGCAAAGUCAUUCUCUCCCAGUAUAGAAACACCGGAGAAUAUUUUGCUAUCAAGGCCUUGAAGAAGGGUGAUAUUAUCGCUAGGGAUGAGGUUGAGAGUUUGCUUUCGGAGAAAAGGAUAUUUGAGGUGGCUAAUGCAACGAGGCAUCCAUUCCUCGUUAAUUUAUUUGCCUGCUUUCAGACUGAGGCACAUGUCUGCUUUGUUAUGGAAUAUGCUGCUGGUGGUGACUUGAUGAUGCACAUACAUGCUGAUGUCUUCGGCGAGUCACGAGCAGUCUUCUACUCUGCCUGUGUUGUUCUAGGUCUCCAAUAUUUACACGAGAGUCGCAUAAUUUAUAGAGAUUUGAAACUCGAUAAUUUACUACUGGAUACGGAAGGCUACGUUAAGAUUGCAGAUUUCGGUCUCUGCAAGGAGGGAAUGGGCUUUGGAGACAGAACUGGCACUUUCUGUGGGACACCCGAGUUCCUUGCCCCUGAGGUUCUCACGGAGACGUCGUACACGAGAGCUGUCGACUGGUGGGGAUUAGGAGUUUUGAUAUUUGAAAUGCUUGUUGGAGAGUCACCCUUCCCUGGAGACGACGAAGAGGAAGUUUUCGAUUCAAUAGUUAACGACGAAGUCCGUUAUCCGAGGUUCCUUUCACUGGAAGCCAUAGCUAUCAUGAGAAGGCUACUGAGAAAGAAUCCAGACAGAAGACUGGGAAGUAGUGAGCGUGAUGCUGAAGAUGUGAAGAAACAGGCAUUCUUCAGGCACAUAUCAUGGGAGGAUCUCCUACUCCGACGUGUGAAACCUCCGUUUGUUCCAGUAAUCCAUUCUGUGGAGGACGUUAGCAACUUCGACGAGGAGUUUACAUCUGAAAAACCCCACCUGACACCUGCCAAAGAUCCUCGGCCACUCAGCGACUUGGAGCAGGGUCUUUUCCGCGAUUUUACGUACAUGGCUGAUUGGUGCUAACGAACCUAUUAAAUUCAACUGAGCGAUUAAAAAAUACUCGAUCAAAUGUGGGAUUAAUUCCUGAACAAUUGAUGUACUGUUGGAACAAAGUGGGCGGUCUCGGCGAUGGGGAAGAGAUAGGAAGGGGACAAGUGGGGUAAAAACGAUGAGAGGCAGUGAAACCAGACUGAUGGGACAAAGCAGACAUUUACUUGCUUAUCCCGAGGUCAUUUGGUCACUGGAUUUGUAUAUUAAAAAAAAAAGAAAGAUAUCAUUUUAAUCAUCCUCAAGCGAAUUAUGCAAUACAAUUCACAACGGCUUGAAUGCUUAAAUGUUAAAAUGUGGCAGGAAGACAGUUAUUUAUCAUGAAGAUUUAUCAUUAAUUAUUAUCAUUAUUUCUACGCGAUUAUCGUUUAUGAGAGAUACUCGAUAGUUUCAGUUGGUAUACGACAGAUUUAAUUAGUGGAGAGAAAUGGAAAAUUAUCGGAGGCUCGGGUUGAGGGUUCAGUCACACUGCAGACAGAAUUGCAGCUUUUUUUCUUUCUAAAGCAUUUAAAAUUGCUGUAUUUCGAGGUCCGGAUGUGCGAUGAUUUCAUCGAAUCGUCGCAUUUCAUUGGAUAUUCACUUGCUUAUUGCGAUAUGCGAUGCAAUCGAGUUCGUUGAGCUAACUCACUGUGGAUGGUUUUUAGAUACAUUUUUUUUGGAUUCAAUCAUGAUGAAAGGGGGAUCGAGGAGUAUACAUAAUCAAACGAACUUUUUUGAGCAAAAUUUCAUGUAGAAAAUGUAGCAGUAUCAAUGAAACAAUGCUUUUUGCGCCAGGCAACUACGUGGUAUUUUUGUGAGAUUUUUUUCUCAAUUAAUAUUACGGAAAUAACCACAUGUGAUAUGUAAAAGAAAUGGUAUCGAGGGAUAAUCCAGUUGCCUUAAAUGAAAUGAAAUUCAGUUUUAUUUGUAUUCGGUUAUUCUUGUUUUUUUUCCAUUAGGGGAUUCUGUUUUUGUACAUUGUGACUUAAUACAUUGUCGGUGCUAAACGAGGCUAAUAUGAAAUUGUGAGGAUUCGCUUAUUUUUUAUUUCUUCUUUUUCGUGUAAUCGUCUUAUACUCCAAGUGGCCUUAGCAGCUUUACACAAAAGGAGGAAACUAGAAUGUCUUUUUGAACUAUUUUUUUUGUAGAAUAUGUGAAUUUUUUCCUACGCGCUCUGGAUUUCUAUUGACGUCAGGCAGAUCAUUACGUGUAGCUAUUCAUCCUCUCUUUUCGUACGUAAACAAUGAGAAACCGGAUGUCCGGCCUAUUUUCGAUAAAAUCAUUGGAACUGUUUAUCUGAAUUCGUGAGGUCUAUUUAUCAGUGGCGUACAGUAAUGGCGAUGGUAUCAGAAAUAUCAAUUAAUCAGGGUAAUUUAUCAUAAUGUCUCACGCUAUUUUUUGACUUUGAUAUGAAACUUUACUCGUUAGUGGGAGUAGAUGCAACAUUUUUUAUCAACUGUCUGAUACGCCCAGUCAUCGUCUACCUCACGAGAAUCAAUUGAUGAGUCUUCGUGUAAUGAUUAAUUCCUUCUCUUUUUCGUUCUUUAACGAACUGAUUCAUUCGUUGAUUCUGUCCACUUAUCAAUUGUGUACUAUUUUAAUUAACAAUUAUACAUAGGUAUACACACGUGCUGUAAAUCAUAAUAUACAAAAGCGAAUACUAACAGAUUGUAAGAUAACAUUUUUUUGAAGUAAUCGAUUAUAAUGAAUUUGUAAGAUGAAGUGAGAUGAGAAAAUAUGAAAAAUAUUAAUGGUAGUGAUGAAA